AUGAGGCCUAUUCUCUUGCAAGGCCAUGAGCGGUCGCUCAACCAAAUCAAAUACAACAGAGAAGGCGAUCUUCUUUUCUCGGUUGCGAAAGACAAAGUCAUCUGCGCGUGGUUCACCAGCAAUGGGGAAAGAUUAGGGACAUACAACGGCCAUCAGGGUGCGAUUUGGACCAUCGAUAUAUCCCCGAAUACCGACCUCCUUGCCUCCGGAGCCGCAGACAACACGAUAAAGUUGUGGAACAUCAGAACUGGUGAGAAUGUCAAGACGUGGGAAUUUCCCACCGCCGUCAAACGGGUUGCAUUCAGUGAAGACGGAAAGCAAUUGCUGGCAGUCACUGAAAAGCGAAUGGGAUACCUGGGAACGAUAGUGGUCUACGACGUCCGAUAUGGCGAUGACCUGACAGAUCAGACGGACGAAUACAGCCUGAGGAUUACGUGUGAGGAAAGCAAGGCCACAGUUGCAGGGUGGGGCUACCUGGACAAGUACAUCAUCUCCGGCCAUGAGGAUGGGUCUGUUAGUCAAUGGGAUGCGAAGACUGGGGAACUAGUGAUGUCCCAAGAAGCCCAUGAGUAUGACACUACCAUCAACGACUUGCAGUUUUCUCCCGACCGGACCUAUUUCAUCACAGCUGGAAAAGAUAAGACGGCCAAGAUUCUCUCUACGCGGGACCUGAGCAUUCUCAAGUCGUAUACCGCCGACACGCCCUUGAACACGGCUGCCAUUACCCCUAAGAAGGAUUUUGUCAUCUUGGGAGGUGGCCAAGCGGCUAUGGAAGUCACCACAACAUCUGCUCGCCAGGGCAAAUUCGAAGCUCGCUUCUACCACAAGAUCUUCGAGGAUGAAAUCGGGCGUGUCCGCGGCCAUUUCGGGCCCCUCAACACCAUCGCCGUCCACCCGCAAGGCAUUGCAUACGCAAGUGGUGGUGAGGAUGGUUACGUCAGAAUGCAUGCUUUCGACAAGCCUUACUUCGAUUUCAUGUAUGAGGUGGAAAGAGAGCAAGCUCGGAAAUGA